AUGGCCGCAAACACCUUCCUGUACUGCCUGUGGUUGCGUCCGGGGUCCAAGGACUCGGCACGCCUGACAAGCGUCAUCCACGGACUAGCAGAGGCGCAUGGAACGCCAAAGUUCGACCCGCACAUCACGCUGGCCGCUGCAACGUCGGAGCGAUCGGGGGCGGAGGUGGAGACGGAGGCGUCGGACUGGAUGGCAAGGAGCAGCAUGUCAGUGAAGUCAAGCUUUCGAUUGGAUCUCGGGCCAGCGACUGUCGGGGAGACCAGGCAUCAGUGUAUCCUUGCUGAGGUGCUCCCGACAUCCACCGGCUUCUCCUCCCUCCUGAAGAUGCGCGAGGGUGCGAUCAAGUCGCUCAGUGACUGCAGCAUACUACAGCAGCAACCGGCGAGUGUCUACUACCCUCAUCUCAGCCUUGUGUACGGAGACUUUCCCCGGGAUGAGCGCGUGUCGAUAUCAAGGUCAGGGAUCGCGUGUGAAGGAGGCAUCGACGUGGACUGCCUGGAACUCUGGGUUGUCCCGAUGGGCGCGCCCGAGUCAGAGUGGUACAAGUUGAAGGAAAUGAAGCUGGACGGGAUCGAUCAAGAUCUGGACAAGCUGAAGGAAUAUGUGCAGACAAUUGCGCUAGACGACAAAGGCGAGCAGGAGGGAGGAGAGGACGAGGAGGACGAGGAGGAGGACUGGGAAACCAGCGUCGACAACUUUCAGCUCAAGUCGAUCGACAAGGUCAAGGAAGAGGUGGAUUGGGAUGCAGCAGAACAGGAGGAGGAGAGCUCUCACGACCAAGUCCAUCGGACUGCUGGGAUCUACUCGGAGCACUCGACCACCAACCUCCUCGAGGCCUACAACUUCCCUCGACAUCUCGACGAGUUUGCGAUAGAGGAGCUGAUGAAGUCGCUGCGAGCAUCGGGUAUCAACACGCAGCCGGUUGACCGCGGCCUCUACCUCCUCGUCUUCCGAAGUGCAACAAAAGCAGGCCCCAGACCAGCUCAGCUGUGGCCAGUCGAUUAA